AUGUAACAAAAGUUGACUGAUUUGAGUAAGUAUUUUUUAGAUACAAAUGAGAGGCCUUAAAAUCUUAUAAAGAAAUACAAACCAGAAGAGCGAUUUGAAGAUUAUCCGAAAUCAAAAGAACUGAUUAGAUUAAAAUCUGAGUUGGUAAAGAAGCAUAAUCAUCCUCCAAAUUAUAUAAAGGCUGAUUUAAAGACAUUUGACUUGCAAUAAUUAGGCAAAUUUGAUGCAAUUCUAAUCGAUCCACCAUGGGCAGAAUACACAAAGAGAUUGCUGUAGGCAAAUAUGCAGCUUAAGGAACAUUAAUAAUCUUGGACUUUAGAAGAGUUGAAAUAAUUAUAAAUUGACAAAAUUGCAGAUAUCCCAAGUUUCAUCUUCUUGUGGUGUGGAUCUGAACAUUUAGAUGAUGGAAGAGAAUUGUUCAAAACAUGGGGGUUCAAAAGAUGUGAGGACAUUGUUUGGUUGAAAACUAACAAAGACCAUUCAAAAUAAAAUCAAUAUGUUGCAGGAUAAGAUUAUGGGGAUAAUUUAUUUAAAAGAGUUAAAGAACAUUGUCUUGUUGGUCUGAGAGGAGAUGUAAAGAGAGCCUCUGAUUAACAUUUUAUCCAUGCAAAUAUCGAUACUGAUGUUAUAAUAACUGAAGAGGAAGCUAUGGGAUCGACCAAAAAGCCUGAAGAAUUAUAUGAAAUCAUUGAGAGGUUUUGUCUAGGGAGAAAGCGAAUCGAGUUGUUUGGAGAAAUUCAUAACAUCAGAGAUGGUUGGCUAACUAUAGGCUCUUAAUUAAGGGAUACCAGAUAAAUUCCAUAAUAAUACAAUUCUUAUUUCUAGUAGGAAUAAUUUAGUGAAGAAAAGUCAUUUAUGGGUCCUCGAUAUUUAUUAACAACCAUUGAAAUUGAAAACCUGAGACCAAAAUCUCCUCCAAAAGAGAUGUAAUAAUAAUAACCAUAAACAUACUUUUAUUGA